CAUGUAUCCACUUCAAGUCCUGUCCAUCGUGCAUGAGACGUGCAGCCUGCUGGGACCCCGAUUCAACAACGGUCAUAUCAUGUUACGAAAGAUUCUCACCUGUUGGCUAAUCUCCGGGGUGGGAGCGAUCCAUUCUCUGUUUGAUACGGUUUUCUCCAACGGUGAUGGACCUGAGGUGGACAAAUGUGUCAAGGUACCUCUUUUUGGCAACGUCAUUCUCGGAAUAUCGGUGGAGUCUGUGAGAGCAGUAAUCUUCCAUGUUGGAUUCCUAUUUUGUCUGAUGGAGUUGAUCUACAGAAAUUGGCAAAAGUUGAUGUUUCUGAAGAGAGUCACUGGGAAUUGGACACUGUCUGACAGAUUGAAACGGAUUCGAUUCAUGUUCAUUUACGCGAUUCUGAUGGCAAUGUUUUGGGUACCUUUUGGAUUCGUGAUGUCGGGGUAUCAAGUGGCAGAAAUGAGUCCAGAGCUGCAAGAAAUAAAGGAACAAGUUGACAGUAACGCGACCUUUUGCAAAGUUUGGGUCACGAUCUUCUCCGUUUAUAUUGCAUACGCACCAGGCGUGGUGUUCUGGAUUGGAGACAAGCGAACGGAUCAGAGACAUUGCAAACCAUUUUGCACAUUAAGAUCGCAACCUUCUGUGGAAUCUGCAACACCUGCAAUUGUAGAUUUUAGAAUGAAUGAUGGUGGAAUACGCAUGCAAAAUUUGGUUAAUCUGAACUCUGAUGAAAUUGAGAUGCACUAGAGUUUCUUGGAAUUUCAACUGCGAAAGCUUAAAACAGGGUAGUGCUAGAAAUUAAUGCCAAUUUUGUUCAGAUAGCAAAUACUAAUCCUAAUUAUCUUGAUAAAUGGAUUAAGAAUAUCAGAUUGCAUGGUAAAAACAGCUUAUUUUAGCAUGUUAGUGCUUAACGCUGCUCUUUGCAACAGGAAAAAAUCAGCUAAAAAUCCAAUCCUUAAAUUGCACGAAAAAUUUAUGUACCUGCUAUGAUUGUGGCUUGGCUUUUGAUGUAAUGCAGGGUUGCAUAUGUGUGUAUAUUAUAAAUAUACUUACAUUAUACUUAUGUUAGAUAAUUCCAUAGAGAUGUAUGUUAGAUAAUUACGCCUCAUUUUACGGAGUAUGAAAAAUGCAGUAUGAAAAAGUAGGGAAUAAGGAUUAUCAAAGUCAGAUUUAAAAAAUAAUAUAAUUGUAACGCAACAAAUACAUAUGUAGCAAAAGCACAUUUGAAAGCUGACCUAUUUGGGUAGUAAGUACAAUGUACGGCGUCACUGGGGACCUGUUAACAUAUGUAUGUACAUAUCUAUGUACUAGAAUUCAUAAUCUCAAUUAAUAAAUGCAUACAUAUUAAUACGCAAAGUUUUGAAAUGUGUCUAAAUAAUGACCUUUGUCACGAUUGUUAGAUUUAUGUAGUUAGCUUUAGCAUCAACGUUGCAACUUUUUGGAAUGCCAAUGUUAAGCGUAGGACUAAUGUCGUCAAUCCGGCUUCUUGUUUGAGUGAAAAGUAUUUAACAAUUACAUACUCUAAAGUGGGUCUGGUACAAGGAGAAGUGUUUCCCAUAUGUAUAAAUUAGCAUUCUAGAUUUCGUCCUCAGGGGUAAAUUUGCCCACUGUCGGGUCAAUACGGCCUAAUUGUUGUUUGAUCCAAUGUUUUUUUUAUUAUUCGACCCUGCUGAACCUACUUUUAAAUAUAUAUCAAUUCUCUGAAACGGAAUUAAGUCGAUGCUAUUUAACAUUUUAGAGACGAAUUUUACGAUUUCUAACUGGAAUUACUACGGAAUCGUUUUGUGCUACGGAACCUUCGGAACCGAUUGAUGCUACAUACAUAUGCAAACGCCCAUCAUCGUAAGAUUGACACUUUUUAAUAAUCGCGAUUUCAAGUUCAUUUCUCCUUCUUUGAUUUAACUUUGUUCUUUACCAAAAUGGAUAGGAUGCUUUGGAUUAAAUGGCAUGAUUAAAUAGCAUGAUUUUAAUUCCAGCGAAAAAUUUAGUCUGUUAGUUCACACUAGCUUUAGCUACAUAUUAUAAAUAUGCAUUAAAUCAAGAUUAUUGUGCGGA